AUGAGUAUAUCAGAAAAUUUCAAAAUAAUUGCGGAGAGUAUAUCAAAAGAGGAUUUUGAAAAUGCAAAAAAAAAUAUUUGCACAAUAGACUCCAUUAUGGACGAUGACAUAAUAGAAAGUAUUCAAACAUAUAUCUCAUUUAAAUUAUUUACAGAAAAGUAUAAUCAAUCAACUGAAACACAACCUUUUCAAGAUAUUCAACAGGAUUCUUCUUUUAAAAUUCAGAAAUUUACUGCUGAGUGUCUUAGUCUAAUAGUCCAAAAUUAUGUAGGAUAUGCACCUAUGUGUCAAAUUUUGUCUGAAUGGAUAGAUAUUCUGGAUUAUAAAUCGGAUUUACUUGACGAUGACGAUACAGUAAAUUUUAAUCAUAUUAUGCAUGGAAAAUCGAAAAAAAACGGUAAAAAGAAAAUAAAAAUGCAGAAAAUCGGAAGGAAUAAUUUAAAUAAUACUUUUCUUUCAGAAAAUAUGGUAGAACCGAUGGCAAUGCUAAUUGAAAGGUAUUUUAAUGCAGAAACUUUAAGGAAAUAUAUGGACAAUAAUAGAGAUUUACUUGGACAAGGUGGUUGGCAGCCACCCCCUUGUUAUUGGAGUUUGAUGAAGCAUCCUGCAAUUGUAAAUUCGAUCCAAAAACUAUUCACAAGGAACAGAAAAUCAGAGUUCCUUUUAGCUUUUUUGCAAGAUUUACAUAAAUUUUCUAAAACAAAUCCAAACAUUGAUUGCAUACCAAAAAACAUUAACUUUUCUUCUACAAGCAACUUUAGUGUAUUUACUAAAAACGUAACAGAAUUACUUGCAGAUUUUUUAUUAACUGAUGAAACAAUAGAAGCAGCACUUCAAGGCACAAAUUUGUUACCACUAAGUGGUACAAUAAACAAUCCUUUGUAUUCUAAUGAUGGAAAAAGCAGCUCCAGUAAUGAUUACACUUCUAACGUUAUUCAAGAAAUUUGUUCAACAUUCAGUCAAUCAGAAAAUGCAUAUUUCUAUGCACAAGCAUUAUUACAUUAUAUGAUUGUUUGGAGAGGCGACUACUCAGGAUGCCGAAGGUUGAGCCAAAUGCUUUAUCACUAUGUGAGAGUUACACUACAGGAACCAAGAGUCGCUCAGUUAAAUCUUCUAUUUACCAAUUUAACGAAUUUUCCUGAACUGUUCAAGUUGUGCAGAACAAUUUUCAAAAUGGAUAUAUCCAUAACGGAACAAAAAGGAUUAGCUAACGGAGGGCUUGGGGGUUUUGAAUCGGCUGUUAAAUUUUCAAUGAAUCCAAAUCAAAUUUCCACACUUUAUGAUAUGUUAAGUGAAAUAAUUGAUAGGUUCGAAUCUUUACAAAUGCUUCUUUAUGAAAGGGAAAGAAUUAAAAAGGUCAAUAAUACUGAAAUAGAUAGUGAAAAAAAAUACUCAAAUAUAUCUAUUAAAAAAAAUACUGUUGAAAGAAUUAAUUCCGCCCAAAAUGAAGUUUCUGCAAAUACUGAAGAUUGGGCACCUUUAGGGUCUUUACAAUUUUCUCUUAAAGACCUGGAAUUGACUAUUUCUGCAAAACAAUACUCAAUAGACAGUUUGUUUCACACGAAUAGUUUUGAUAAAAAUGAGGAGACAUCUGUUGAUCUAUUCGAAACUUUUCAAAGAAAAUCAAGUGAUCAAACUAAUGAUUCGGAAAUUAAUAUUUCCAACUCACAAAAACAUGAAGCAAAAAAUUCAAACUGCGAUCUUAAUUCUUAUAAUGAAACGAUUUUUGACAUGCCAUCUGUAAGUAGAAUGGGCGAUAUACCUGGUUCAGAUGAAAUUAGAAGAUUGAAAAUAGGCCCUGAACGACCACCAAUGGAUGCACUGAGGGAAAGCGCAUUAUUAGACACACUAAUUGAUAUUCUUGUAAGCCAAAGCAUUUGGUUGACUCCCGAAGAGCAAGGUAAAACAAUUGAUUUGCUUCUAUUAUUAUCUGUUUAUUCACCAUAUGAAUUACUAUUAUUUUUAGAAGAACAAAAAGAGUGGAAUGUUGCUACGAAAGAAAUGAAUUCUCAUGCAAGCAAUUCAAUUCAAGAUAUUUGGAGUAAUUCUGAAGAUGAUCUUGAGUUUGACGAGAAGAUAAGAUUCAAUGUUGAUACACUUUCAGAUUUUAUUUCUUCAAAUUCAUCAGAUUCAGUUGAUUCAAUUUCAGAAUCAAAUUGCUCAAUAAGUAAAGAAAAGAAUCACUACUGGCCCUCAAAUAAAAUAAAAAACACAAAUUUAAAGAGUAGAAACCCUGCUUCAUUACUAUUGGAACCCAAAAAACAAACGGAUUCCACGAUUGGAUGUAGAAGUACGAUUGACUCAUGUAUUUACCGAAACGUUCAUACUCAAAAAAUUUUAGGGUCACUUCAAUUAUUACCAAAAAACAAAGCAAAAAAAAUGAAGGAACAGUUUCAGAACCUAAGAGAUUUAUGUGAUCGAUUUAAAAAUAGAGCUCGGAAGGAGUUGUUUCGAAUUUACAAUAUUAUUCAUGAUAAUUUAAUUAAGAAUGAAGUGAAAUGGGCAUACUUAGAUCAUUUGAUUACCACACCAAUUGGGGCAAGCGCUGUGCUGAGAUACAUAGAAACUUUUCUUUUCUCAAGAAUAGAUGGUAACGGUCCAUUAAUUACAUUGUCUUCCUCCAUUGUUGUAAUUAUAAAGCAUAUUACUCAGUGGCACCCAAAGAAAAGAAUUUGUGUUUUUCACCUUCUCAGAUUGUGUUUAGAACAUGGAUUACACGAUCAAAGUUCAAACAAUGUAUGCAUGGUUAGCUCAUUAGCUUCGACGAAAUCUGAAAAAAGGCGUUGGAUUAUCGAUUUUUUUGUUUACUUGAUUGGAGGUGGACUUUAUGGCGCAGUACUUGCCUAUAUGAGUAAAGUUGGGAUUAAAUAUUUAGACAAAACCUUAAUUAGAGACUUUACAAUAAAGUUAUCAGAAUUUUGUGGACCACCUUACAGCGUUGAUUUUUCAAUUUCAUACUUGGAAUUUUUGAUUAAUGCCAACACAAUUGGAGCUCUCGAUUUGAAUGCAUUUUGCGAAGGGACUUUAAGCGGUUCUUCCCACAAAGUCAAAUUAUCAAUAAUUGAGAUUGUAACAAUAUUAGAUUAUUUAGAAAGCACAACUACUUCACAGGGAACUUUAGAUGUCAAAGGUAACUCAAUAAAUAGGAUUAAGGAGUCAUGCAUAUAUUUCAGGCAUGAUUUACAAAAAGUUAUGAGCAAGUGUAAAAUACUAAAGCAAAUUUUAGGAAAGUCGGCAAAUAAACAGGUUUUUAGGGGUAAGGGGCUUGGAAAAACAUGGCAUCAGUCAUAUUGA